AUGGUCUUUGGUCUGUCAGUUGGUCUGUCAGUUGGUCUGUCAGUUGGUCUGUCAGUUGGUCUGUCAGUUGGUCUGUCGGUUGGUCUGUCAGUUGGUCUGUCGGUUGGUCUGUCAGUUGGUCUGUCAGUUGGUCUGUCAGUUGGUCUGUCAGUUGGUCGGUCAGUUGGUCUGUCAGUUGGUCUGUCGGUUGGUCUGUCAGUUGGUCUGUCAGUUGGUCUGUCGGUUGGUCUGUCAGUUGCUCUGUCAGUUGGUCUGUCAGUUGGUCGGUCAGUUGGUCUGUCAGUGGGUCUGUCAGUUGGUCUGUCAGUUGGUCGGUCAGUUGGUCUGUCGGUUGGUCUGUCGGUUGGUCGGUCAGUUGCUCUGUCAGUUGGUCUGUCAGUUGGUCUGUCAGAUGGUCUGUCAGUUGGUCUGUCAGUUGGUCUGUCAGUUGGUCUGUCAGUUGGUCUGUCGGUUGGUCUGUCGGUUGGUCGGUCAGUUGCUCUGUCAGUUGGUCUGUCAGAUGGUCUGUCAGUUGCUCUGUCAGUUGGUCUGUCAGUUGGUCUGUCGGUUGGUCUGUCAGUUGGUCUGUCGGUUGGUCUGUCGGUUGGUCUGUCAGUUGGUCUGUCAGUUGGUCUGUCAGUUGGUCUGUCAGUUGGUCUGUCAGAUGUUGGUCUGUCAGUUGGUCUGUCGGUUGGUCUGUCAGUUGGCCUGUCAGUUGGUCUGUCAGUUGGUCUGUCAGUUGCUCUGUCGGUUGGUCUGUCGGUUGGUCUGUCAGUUGGUCUGUCAGUUGGUCUGUCGGUUGGUCUGUCAGUUGGUCUGUCAGUUGGUCUGUCAGUUGGUCUGUCAGUUGGUCUGUCAGUUGCUCUGUCGGUUGGUCUGUCGGUUGGUCUGUCAGUUGGUCUGUCAGAUGAUGGUCUGUCAGUUGGUCUGUCGGUUGGUCUGUCGGUUGGUCUGUCGGUUGGUCGGUCAGUUGCUCUGUCAGUUGGUCUGUCGGUUGCUCUGUCAGUGGGUCUGUCAGUUGGUCUGUCAGUUGGUCUGUCAGAUGGUCUGUCAGAUGGUCUGUCAGUUGGUCUGUCAGUUGGUCUGUCGGUUGGUCUGUCGGUUGCUCUGUCAGUUGGCCUGUCAGUUGGUCUGUCAGUUGCUCUGUCAGUUGCUCUGUCAGUUGGUCUGUCAGAUGGUCUGUCAGUUGGUCUGUCAGUUGGUCUGUCAGAUGGUCUGUCAGUUGGUCUGUCAGUUGGUCUGUCAGUUGGUCUGUCAGUUGGUCUGUCAGUUGGUCUGUCAGUUGCUCUGUCAGUUGCUCUGUCAGUUGGUCUGUCGGUUGGUCUGUCAGUUGGUCUGUCAGAUGGUCUGUCAAUUGGUCUGUCAGUUGCUCUGUCAGUUGGUCUGUCGGUUGGUCUGUCGGUUGGUCGGUCAGUUGGUCUGUCAGUUGGUCUGUCGGUUGGUCUGUCAGUUGGUCUGUCAGUUGGUCUGUCGGUUGGUCGUUGUCUGUCAGAUGGUCUGUCGGUUGGUCUGUCAGUUGGUCUGUCAGAUGGUCUGUCAGUUGGUCUGUCAGUUGGUCUGUCAGUUGGUCUGUCAGUUGGUCUGUCAGUUGGUCUGUCAGUUGGUCUGUCGGUUGGCCUGUCAGCGGUUGGUCUGUCAGUUGGUCUGUCAGUUGGUCUGUCAGUUGGUCUGUCAGUUGGUCUGUCAGUUGGUCUGUCAGUUGGUCUGUCAGUUGGUCUGUCGGUUGGCCUGUCAGUUGGUCUGUCAGUUGGUCUGUCAGUUGGUCUGUCAGUUGGUCUGUCAGUUGGUCUGUCGGUUGGUCUGUCAGUUGGUCUGUCAGAUGGUCUGUCAGUUGGUCUGUCAGUUGGUCUGUCAGUUGGUCUGUCAGUUGGUCUGUCAGUUGGUCUGUCGGUUGGUCUGUCAGUUGGUCUGUCAGAUGGUCUGUCAGUUGCUCUGUCAGUUGCUCUGUCAGUUGGUCUGUCAGUUGGUCUGUCGGUUGGUCUGUCAGUUGGUCUGUCAGUUGGUCUGUCAGUUGCUCUGUCAGUUGCUCUGUCAGUUGCUCUGUCAGUUGGUCUGUCAGUUGGUCUGUCAGUUGGUCUGUCAGUUGGUCUGUCAGAUGGUCUGUCAGUUGCUCUGUCAGUUGGUCUGUCAGUUGGUCUGUCAGAUGGUCUGUCAGUUGGUCUGUCAGAUGGUCUGUCAGUUGGUCUGUCAGUUGGUCUGUCGGUUGGUCUGUCAGUUGGUCUGUCAGUUGGUCUGUCGGUUGGUCUGUCAGUUGGUCUGUCGGUUGGUCUGUCAGUUGGUCUGUCAGAUGGUCUGUCAGUUGGUCUGUCAGUUGGUCUGUCAGUUGGUCUGUCAGUUGGUCUGUCAGUUGGUCUGUCAGUUGCUCUGUCAGUUGCUCUGUCAGUUGGUCUGUCAGUUGGUCUGUCAGUUGGUCUGUCAGUUGGUCUGUCAGAUGGUCUGUCAGUUGGUCUGUCAGUUGGUCUGUCAGUUGGUCUGUCGGUUGGUCUGUCGGUUGGUCUGUCAGUUGGUCUGUCAGUUGGUCUGUCGGUUGGUCUGUCAGUUGGUCUGUCAGUUGGUCUGUCAGUUGGUCUGUCAGUUGGUCUGUCAGUUGGUCUGUCAGUUGGUCUGUCAGUUGGUCUGUAG